UCCUUCGUCGCCAUCAUGUUCGGUCAGACUGUUCGUAGGUUUGCCACGUCCGCUAUUCGCAGGUCCCACUACGAGGAGGGCCCUGGCAAGAACCUGCCUUUCUCCGUUGAAAACAAGUGGCGACUGCUAGGGAUGAUGACCCUGUUUUUUGGCAGUGGCUUCGCUUUCCCAUUCAUUAUAGUAAGACACCAGCUGUUGAAAAAAUGAGCACUUAAUAAAUCAAGGUACAGAGGACCUUCUAUAACAGUGACCAUAAUGAAAUUGUUUCGCCGUGCAAGACAUGGACUGUAAAUAAAAAAUACAUGUGAGGUCG